AUGAGUCUUGAAUCUCUGCUUAAACAGCUCAAACCCGACGAAAUUGCUGAAAUCAAAACAGCAUUCAAGGCAUUCGACAAAGAUAACAAUGGGUACAUAACUUCGGAUGAGAUGCACGAAUGUCUUCGUCGAUCACACGUCUCGCAUGACAACAACGAAAUCCUCGAAGUUAUGAAGAACAUGGACAGUAAUCGUGAUGGAACAGUCUCAUUUGAUGAAUACAUGACAUUCAUGGCAUAUCUUUAUACCGGGCAAACACCUCCAGCUUCAAAUAACACAAAACAAAAAGGAAAGAAAUAA